AUGGCGGCGCCCACCAUGAGGGAGCGGCAGGCGUGCUGGGGCGCCCGGGACGAGUACUGGCGGUGCCUGGACGAGCACGAGGGGGACGCCGGCCGCUGCCAGACGCUGCGACGCGCCUUCGAGGCCAGCUGCCCCCAGCAGUGGAUAAAAUAUUUUGAUAAAAGAAGAGACUACUUAAAAUUUAAAGAAAAAUUUGAAGCCGGACAGUUCCAGCCUUCAACCACCGCCAAGUCGUAG